AUGCCGUCUGGGGACGGCUCCAGAUCCCCGGAGGCCGGGGAGUCCCCCCGAGCUCGGGCCACACCAGCACCAGGUGGAGCCGAGAUCAGAGGAGCUCGCUCGGCGGCCCUGGAGUCCAGGCCCCGCGGUCAAGUGGGGGCCGAUGGGAAGGAGGGGCGGCUGAGCGGACAGAAGCCGGCAGAGCGGGCUCCGUGCAGUGGCCAGAGCUCUGCAUCCCACGCUGACCAUCCGGGCGUCAUAAGCGAGGCAGCCUUCGGGCUCCCGGUGGUCCAAGUGUCGAGGCGAGAUCGCACCCACACUCCAUUGGAGAAGGCAGGAGCCUGGCCGGCGCCUCCGUGGGGUGGGCAACUUCAGGAGCCGCCGUUCCCUGUCAUCUGCUUCCAUGUCUCAGGCGUUCACCGCUGCCGUGUGCAGGGCCGGGGUCCAGGGCGGGCGGUGGCACCGGGGGCCUCGGACUUCGCGAGCCCCGAGGCUCCCGACAACACGGCACCCUUCACAGUCACGGCCUGUUCGCGCUCCACCCGCCGUUCUCGCGAGUGGAACCUCCUCGCUGUCGUCAGAAUUCAGCCCGUCGGGGGCCGGCCCGCACCCCGUGCUGAUGAGUCUGUCCUCUCGUUUCAGGCUCUGGACGUGGACCGGAUGGUUCUGUACAAAAUGAAGAAAUCCGUGAAAGCCAUCAACAUCUCCGGGCUGGCGCACGUGGAGAACGAGGAGCAGUACACGCAGGCGCUGGAGAAGUUUGGUGGCAACUGCGUGUGCAGAGACGACCCGGACCUGGGAAGCGCCUUCCUCAAGUUCUCAGUGUUUACCAAGGAGUUGACGGCCCUUUUCAAAAACCUGAUUCAGAACAUGAACAACAUCAUCUCCUUCCCUCUGGACAGCUUGCUGAAGGGGGACCUGAAAGGCGUGAAGGGGGACCUGAAAAAGCCUUUUGAUAAAGCCUGGAAGGACUAUGAAACCAAAAUCACCAAGAUUGAGAAGGAGAAGAAGGAGCACGCCAAGCUGCACGGGAUGAUCCGCACGGAGAUCAGCGGCGCCGAGAUCGCCGAGGAGAUGGAGAAGGAGCGGCGGUUCUUCCAGCUGCAGAUGUGCGAGUACCUGCUGAAGGUCAAUGAAAUCAAGAUCAAGAAGGGAGUGGAUUUACUUCAGAAUCUGAUCAAGUAUUUUCAUGCCCAGUGCAAUUUUUUCCAGGACGGACUGAAGGCCGUGGAAAACCUCAAGCCCUCCAUCGAAACGCUUUCAACAGAUCUCCACACGAUCAAACAGGCCCAGGAUGAGGAACGAAGGCAGCUGGUGCAGCUCCGGGAUAUUCUGAAAUCGGCGCUGCAGGUGGAGCAGAAGGAGUCUAGGAGAGACUCGCAGCUGCGCCAGAGCACAGCCUACAGCCUCCACCAGCCGCAGGGCAACAAGGAGCACGCGAGUGUUUACCCUCAGAAGAACCCCAGUGGGAGACCAGGCGUUGACCUGGGCAACCCGGCAGCCGCCCGUGUCCGUGCGCAGGAGGAAUCAGGGCAGGACGUCUCGGGCUCUCGCCGUGGACCAUCUUGGUCUCGGGAAGUCCACGGCCAUGGACCACGACGCCAGCAUCGCCGGCUCAGCGAGGGAGAGCCCUGCCCUCACGCUGCGCUCAUGAGGGAUGACGCCGUGCGGGUUUCCGUCUCCCUCCAGCUCCGGGUUUGCUUUACUUUAAUUGUACUUUUCCGACAGGCGAACCGGCCCCCCGCCAAGCUCAACCUCCUCACCUGCCAAGUGAAGACCAACCCCGAGGAGAAGAAGUGCUUCGACCUCAUUUCGCAUGACCGCACGUACCACUUCCAGGCCGAGGACGAGCAGGAGUGCCAGAUAUGGAUGUCUGUGCUGCAGAACAGCAAGGAGGAAGCCCUGAACAACGCGUUCAAGGGCGACGACCCCCCCGGGGAGAACAACAUCGUGCAGGAGCUGACCAAGGAGAUCAUCGCGGAGGUGCAGAGGAUGACGGGCAAUGACGUGUGCUGUGACUGCGGGGCACCAGACCCCACGUGGCUCUCCACCAACCUGGGCAUCCUGACCUGCAUCGAGUGCUCGGGCAUCCACCGCGAGCUGGGCGUGCACUACUCCCGGAUGCAGUCCCUCACCCUGGACGUCCUGGGCACGUCCGAGCUGCUGCUGGCCAAGAACAUCGGGAACGCGGGCUUCAACGAGAUUAUGGAGAGCUGCCUUCCAGCCGGGGACCCCGCCAAGCCCAGCCCGGGCAGCGACAUGAACGCCAGGAAGGACUACAUCACGGCCAAGUACAUCGAGAGGAAGUACGCGCGGAAGAGGCACGCGGACGCCGCGGCCAAGCUGCACAGCCUGUGCGAGGCCGUCAAGACGAGGGACAUCUUCGGGCUGCUCCAGGCCUACGCCGACGGCGUGGAUCUCACGGAGAAGGUCCCCCUGGCCAACGGGCAUUCCCCGGGGCUCACUGUUCCCUCUCUCUCCCGGUCGCCGGCCAGCGGGAACCUGGACAGACAGACGGGGAAGGGCAGCACGGCCCUGCACUACUGCUGCCUGACGGACAACGCCGAGUGCUUGAAGCUGCUGCUGCGCGGCAAGGCCUCCAUCGAGAUCGCUAACGAGUCGGGGGAGACGCCGCUGGACAUCGCCAAGCGCCUGCGGCACGAGCACUGCGAGGAGCUGCUGACCCAAGCCUUGUCUGGAAGGUUCAACUCCCACGUGCACGUGGAGUAUGAGUGGCGGCUGCUGCCCGAGGACCUGGAUGAGAGUGAUGACGAUGUGGACGAGAAGCUGCAGCCCAGCCCCAGUCGGCGGGAAGACCGGCCGGGUGGGAGCCCUCCUGCUCCUCCAGACGGUCUCGCUGACCGUGGGGCGAGGGAGCGAGUCAAUAAUGCCGUGUUCUGUUUCUGUUUUUGUCGUGUGUGUGCCUGUGUGACGCGUGUGUGCGCCUGUGUGAUGCGUGUUGCGCGCGUGUGGUGUGCAGCCCAGGCCGCCUCCGCUAACGCCCUGUGGAAGACAAACUCUGUGGGUGUGGACGGUGUCAGCCGGCAGCGGUCCUCGUCCGAUCCGCCCGCUGUCCACCCGCCGCUGCCCCCUCUCCGCGUGACGUCGACCAACCCCCUGGCUCCCACGCCACCUGCUCCCGCAGCAAAGAUGCCCGGUGCCCUGGAAGCCCUGAGCCAGCAAAGCAAGCUGACCCCGCCGGGCAAGACCACAGCCCCGACCCUGCCGCAGCCGCAGCCGCCCAGCCGCCUCCCGCAGAGGAGGCCUGCUCCGGGGACUGACAAGUCGACCCCACUGAUCAGCAAAGGCCAGCCGCGAGGCCCUGCAGCGGACGUCUCCGGAACAGAAGCUCUGGGUUCUCUGUCCAACACCCCGGCCCUGCAGCCCCCCGCGCCCAUGCCCAGGAAGUCACAGGCGGCCAAGCUGAAGCCCAAGCGGGUGAAAGCCCUCUACAACUGCGUGGCCGACAACCCAGAUGAGCUGACGUUCUCCGAGGGGGACGUGAUCAUUGUGGACGGGGAAGAGGACCAAGAGUGGUGGAUCGGCCACCUCGAUGGAGACCCCAGCCGCAAAGGAGCCUUUCCCGUGUCUUUUGUGCACUUUAUUGUGGACUGAAUCGCUGCUGAACAAGCACCCUUAGCAGUGACGUUCCUGUUCGUUAUUGGUACCCACACUCUUGCCAGAAACCAGUUUCAGGAACUGUAGGCCCACUUGCUCAAAUGCCACUCACCGUUCUGUUUUUAAAACUCACAGGCAAUUUCUAUCUACAAAUGGAUCGUUUUUUAUAAUUUGUGAUUUUCAUGAAACACGGCUCUACUUUUAUUAGGAAAAACUGAAUUGCCUAAAAGGUGAGCUAAAAAGCUAUUUUAAGUACACAGUCAAGAUCCCAAAUCGACAGAAUGAGCGGAACCCGGUUCGAGGACCGGAAAUUCUGCCUGCUCUCCUUGGCCCGAUGACGUCGGUGCUCGCCAGCUAUUUGUUGUUGAGGAGGCUACGUGCUAUCGGUUCCCCUUUAGAGACCUUUGACAAAUGCCUUCUUAAGAUUUCCCUUGAAAGCCACCCAGUGUUCAGUUAAAGCCACUUGGAAAUGGACACUAGCAUUGUACACUCCAACCCUGAUGUGUGAGGGGCGGCACUCCUUGUGUUCUGCAUGUGUGUGUCACCUGUUGUGAACAGUCCAUCCUCCCUAACAGAACUGCCAAUAGCUGAUCGUGGCGCACGACAUAACAGUUCAUUCAGUUCCGGGCGGGGGGGUGGGCGGGGGACACUGCGUUUCCUGAGUUCGGUUAAAAACUGACGACGAUGGAUUGCAAAGGGGUUCUCCCCACUCGCUUGGAUGCUCUAGGUGUUUGGAAACUGCCUUCCUGAGCUCCCUCUGUCGCACAGGCAGCCCGCUGUUGCCACCCACCCGCUCGUUUCCCACUGAGUGUGCCCGCCUUCUCUUCUCGCCCGAGAGCGCCCCAGUCUAGUGUCUGGUAUUUAUAUCCCACACCAAUAGGUUGGUGGUUACACUGUCUUGACAUUUAAUCUUCCUUCGUCGGUAGCCAAGCGCAUAUCAGAAACCCGUAGGCCCCGGGAAUGAAACACCCGGACGUCCCAGUUUUACUCUAAGCGUCAUAUCUUUCUUACACGUAAGCUACUGGGGCUAGGGGGUUAGGUUGUAUGUGAUCAAAUCAAUUCAUUAGUUUGAUGAACUCGACUGUCAUACCUCUACCUAGUCAUAGAGCGUGUUCACGGGAGGAUGUGGGAAACGCCGGCUCUGUGAGGAGAAACAGGCAGAAGUGCCCACCUGGCUUUUUACCACCAGCCCAGGCCUGAGCCGCGGUGCAGGCUCGGGGAGGAGAGCGAGGCGGCGGCGCCUUGGAGCGGAGCAGCCCGUGUCACGCGGGUCCUUCUUCUAAGUGUAGGAUGUUUGCUUUUGUUUGUGAUUGUGUUGUUUUUCAUUGCUAUUCUAAAGGAAGACAGAACUGGAAUGUUUUAUGAUGUUGUAUGCCCGUUGCCCUUUGCCUGUCACAGUUCCAGGUAAAGUGUGUUAGCUGUGUAAUUAGUCUUAUUUUUAAAGCACUACAUCUCUUUUCACUGAUUGUUAGCUUCUGUUGUUUGAACCCUCCAUUUAGUUAACUUUCUCGCAGAUUUACGGAAGUGAACGGAUGUGUUUUUGCACCACGCACUUACUUUAACACAGUCCCCCCACAUCUGCCUCUUACAAUCCGCCUUUGACUCCUCGGUGCCACUAUGUGAGAAUUAAAGUUGAUCCUAUCAACAUUCGAAUACCACUCCCAAUCUAAUGUCCCAGGCUCACUGGGACAGACAUCCAGGAAAUACUUCCCAGGCUACAGUUCGGCGGUGCUAUUGUGCAUAAUGGAUAUGACUCUUGUCAGAGGAGAAAUCAUCAACUUCCCUGCUGAUAGCCUUUCCCACUUAUUUGCUCUCUGCAAAUAAAUUUAAAAAGUGAGAGAAAGGAAAGUGUUGUAGAUAUCUAUUUAUUUCCAGGUUUAUGUUUCAUGAACUUCGUUAUGGGAUCCUGGCAUUGUGUGUGCCCCUGGUCAGGUCUGACUGCAGGCAUGAGGACUGGGAAACGGGCAGACCCCAUGUGCUCUGCUGAGGGUGGGCACUGCCACAUGCAGCUGGAAAUGCUCGGAGAUGUAUGAUACUCAAUUCAUCCACUCGAUUCCUUUGGUCUAGUUGCAGCGCAACUGUACAUAUUGUAUAACCUAAAUCCUUAUUUUCAUUGUCCUCGAUGCAGUGAUUUAUACCUAGAGCAUGUUAAUAAGUCUACUCUUCUUGGUGACUAGUCAUUUGACUAGAAAAAAUAAAAUACUUUUAAAUGGA